AUGGAGGAAGCGAUUGUUACUAAUAAUAAGACUCUCUCAAUGGCAAGAAAGAGUACCAAGAGAACAAAGAGUGGGGAGGAAAUCCCUAUGGAGAUACGGAUGCGGGAAGCAGUUAAGGAAUACCAAGCUGGAUCUUCGGUGAAUUCUAAACAAAGAUCCUUUGCUGAAGUUACGGGAGAGGAGAACGGGGUAGCAGGAUACAUUCCCCUGGAGGAUGGUUUAGUUGAAAUAAGGAGUAAUAGUGAAGCCAGAGCAAGGAUGCAUCAACGAUGGAAGAAUGCACUAAUUGUAAAACUUAUGGGCAAGAAGAUCGGGGUGGGGUUCAUUAAGAAAAAACUUGAGCUUCUUUGGGCUAAGGCUGGAAGCAUUACGAUGGCAGAUCUUGGGAACGAAUUCUUCUCAGUGAGGUUUAAUAGCGUAGAAGACCUCAAUCUAGCCAACACGGGUGGACCUUGGGUCAUUCUAGGUAUUCCUCAAGAGCAUUGUGAGUUUCCUUUCCUCAACCAUCUGGAAACUGUGAUUGGGAAAGUGCUCAAAGUAGAUAGAACCACUUCUACAGGAGACAGAGCUCGUUUUGCUAGAGUGUUUAUAGAGAUUGACCUCUCUAAGCCACUGAGAGGUGAAUAUAUUCUUGAUGGGUGUAGGAAGAGAGUUGAAUAUGAAGGCCUUUUCUUGAUUUGCCUCAAAUGUGGAAGGUAUGGGCACAACUCGAAUUCAUGUCCAAAUUUUGUCAAACCUGCUUCCUCGACUAAACUUGAGAAGGCUCUUGAACAACCAGUGGAAAAUCCUUGUCCACAAGGUGUAGGCCCUUGGAUGGUGGUCCAACGCAGGAAGAAAGUCCAGCAAAACAUCCAGAGAAAAGAUUCUCAUAACAGCAGGAAUUUUGGAGAAGAUAUCUCCAAUAAGAAAAACAUGAUGGGUCAAAGGAAAUCUCUAGAAGUUAUCCCUGAAAAGCUUCCUGAAUCUGUCAUUUCUAUGACUAAGGUGAAUAAGGAGAAUGAAGCUUUGAAGAAUAAAAAUCAGUCCCUUGUCUUGGGGAUGAAGUUCACUACAGUAGCUUCCAAUCAUGCCAGGAAACAAGCCUCUUAUGCCAGUAACCAAAAAACCAUCUUCUAA